AAAAAGAAACUUCCGGUGGGUUUUUUCGCGGGAAGUGGGAUGUAAACAAUAAAAUCGCGGGAAAGAGGAAACGAGAGGCGUGGGCUGGAAGCUUGAUCCUGACGAACAUUUAUUGUCUAUAACUAUUUUGUGAAAAGCAACGAUCAUGGUCCGCACAAAAGCUGAUAGUGGUAGUGCUGCAACGAGGAAAGUUGUAGCUGCCCGAGCCCCGAGGAAGGUGUUAGGCAACAGUGCCAGUGCUGGAGCAUCUGCGUCCGGCGAUUCUCCUGCAGGUAAAGGAAAGUAUGCAGGAGGCAACCCAGCUUGUGCAAGACCAACACCAGACUGGCAAAAAGGGAUCGGUAUGUUCUUAAAAAAGUCACCAAGUAAAUCAACAGAUGGAACAGAAAAAGAGAAUUCCGACCCAACUGAGAUAGAAGAGGAGGAAGUUGUGGAAGGCAGCAGUAGUUCUGCAGGGCCCUCCUCUAGUAAUGCUGAAAUUGAAGCAGACAGUGAUUCAUGAAAUAUUUUGAAGGAUCACAUGGACUCAAAACACUUUUAAAUGUGCAGAGCAGCUUUAUACUCGGGGUCAAUUGAAAUGGCAGCAGCUUUAUACUCGGGGUCAAUUGAAAAGGCAGCUGGUUGAAACUAUGCAAAAGUAGGCGGAGUGAAAAAGAUCGAGUGAUUGGUCAUGUGAAACAAAAUCUGUCGGCAAGAUUCUGUUCAGCAUAGAUAAUCCUGCCACUUUUGUUCACAAUUUUUAAGCGGAUUGAUGACUGAACAAAUUUUUGUGUAUAAAAUGGCAAUCAGUCUCUUGAAACAUUGGAUGGUGGGAUUAUGUUUUUUCAAUUUCACCAGAUCAAUAUUAACUUAACAUCUAAAACCAUAUCCCAUAAUUGCCAACAUCGCUCUGGCCAAGUGCUGCUAUUUUACCUUUAUUUGGUCGAAAAGAAAUCCAAGAUGAGCACCAUGUUCUGAAAGUAGUCAAAACAUUUCAAUUUCUUGUCCAGUUGAAAUGAGGAAACAAACAUAUGUACAGUACAGAUCUGGAUAGCCCCUUGUAUGUAUAAAAGUACAAGGAAAUAUGAGUAUUGGAACAUGAAGUGGAACAUUGUAAACCUAUUAACUGGGGGAAAAUGUGAAAUUAAUAAUUUCACAUCAAAAUUUAUAGUGCUAUCCAAUAUUUAAUUAUUUGGAAAGGAGCAAGUUUGUGUUUUUUUGGGGUUUUUUUCUUUUCUUUAAAUUGAUCCAAUUUAAUAAUAUUGGAAAGGUUUACAUAAAAAAAAUUGAUUAGUUAUGUUUGUUUAAAAUUACAAAUACAUUAAAUUGUCUCAUUAUUUGUACAAUUGAUGUUUUAGUCAGCCUGAUGUGCAAGAUUUUAAAUUUGUAUCAGAAUGUACAAAAUGAUAUAUAUAUAUAACAUACAUGUAUGCAUGUGAAUGUAGGUAAGUUGUGUACAUGGAUGCUGUCAGUGUAUAUAUGUUUAUUGUUAGAAUCGGUUAAAAAUUUGUUAGAAGGUACGAAAGGGAAAGAAAUAUAAGAUCUAGAUGACAUACUAUUUGAAGUGUUUUAUAUAUAAACAUGGGAAGCUAGUUUUGUCCGCAAUUAUUUGCGGCAAGAAAUGUGUGCACAGCAUUUAACUGUUAUAUAGAUAAUUUGACAUUUACCGUUAUCCUCAUAACAAAAUAUUUCAUUAAAAUGAAAAGCUUGAUAAUAUAUUACAGAAGAAUGUCUGAAACUCAUCUGAAGUCUUGUUGUGCAUGUAAAAUCAAUGUACUCAGUCUCUUUAAAAUUAUCAUACUGGGAGAUCUUAAAUAAAUUUAGAUUUUUCCAGAUCUUUUCCAAAAUCAGUUUCUCCACAACAGCUUUGAGGGGGACAGGAGCUGGAAAGAUGUGUUUUAAAACUUAAAAGGUCAAUUUAAAAUAGUUGUCUGGGUGGAAAUGCUACAUUUUACAAUGAUACAGAUGAAGAUCCCCAAUAACACUGCCAAAAACUGUUUUCCAGCAUUACUACAGCUUUGAUAACAAAACAAUCAUAAUUGUUGUACUUGUAUGAAAAAAUAAUAAUAAUAAAUGAAAUAAACACACAAGACAACCAAAACAGUGUUCUGAGUGGAAUUCGAACCCUGGACCUCAAAUUAGAAUACUGUCCUUCUUACCGACUGAGCUACCUAUGUCAAUGGAAGCAAGUUCCCUGGCCAAACUGCUACAGUUGUAGCCAGAAUGAAUAUAAGGGGAGGUUACUGUACAUAUGAAAAAAGAUGUUUCUUCUUUAUUGAAUGUUAUUUUUAAGUUCCGCAACUUCUGUGUGUUGUGUAACGAUGAAGAUUUAAGUUCGUGUAACUUGUAAAAAACAGUGUCAUAUACAUUUGUAUGCCAGUGAUAUAUAUGUAGGGCAUUUCUGAUAAACAUGUGUCGUAUUAUAAAUAAAAACAUAUAUUUUA